AUGGGCCCAUACACUAUAAAAGGAUGCUUGUCCACACACCUCUCCUUCAGUGAGGACCCACUGGAUUUGUGGCUGUUGGGCUUUGGAGCGCCAGAAGUUACUUCUAAUCUGGAUAUCAACAGAGCUUCUAGAAAGACCAUUCAUAGUAGUCUUAAACCUGGAUUCAGCAGCCUGCAGGCCUUCCAGAAUGAGGUCACCUGCACCAUAUGCAUGACCUUCUUCAUAGGCCGGGUCACCAUUGCCUGUGGGCACAACUUUUGCAGGCUCUGCCUCUGCCUCUGCUGGGAAGAAGGCAGAGCACCACUGCACUGCCCUGCAUGCAGAGAGAGCUCAGAGAAGUCCAAUUUCAAAACCAAUGUGGCCUUCAAAAAGCUGGCUUUCCUUUCCAGACAGCCCAGACCUCAGAGAAACAUCCACAGCUCAGACAAGCUCAGUGUGCGACAUGAGGAGACUAAGGAGCUCUUCAGUGAGGCUGACAGGAGAUUGCUCUGUGGGCCCGGCUCUGAGUCACCAGAGCCCAUGGCUCACAGCCACAGCCCAAUAGGAUGGGCUGCUGAUGAAAGCAGGGAUAAACUCACAAAGGAAAUGGACUAUUUAUGGAAAAUCAAUCAAGAAACACAAAGCAAUCUAAAUCAGGAAACUAGCAACACUCAUUUGAUAGUGGUAAGAAUGAAAAUGUUUCCUUUUGUUUUUAUGCAAAUAAACACAAUGUUGGCUUAUAAUUUUUAG